AUGGAGAGAGUUAAAAAGGUUCAUAUUUCUCACCCAAAUAUCUAAUUAGCCAUUAGUUCCAAAACCAUUGUGCAAAUAUUUGGCCAUUUUCCAAGUAUUUCAACGUAAACAUAAGCAAUUCUUGAUAGAUAGUUGUUAAAAGAAAGAUAAAAAUAGACUCUAGAAAUGUAUCAGUUAUUCUAUGGCUUCAACCCUGAUUAAGAUAUAUGGGGAUACUAGGAUGAAAAAUUAAAUUAACAUCAAUCUGAGAUGAUUUAUAUGAAUCUACCAAAAUUAAUAAACAUAGAGUUAGUUAGAAUAUUAAACAAUAAGGGGUAUAAAAUGAAACUAGACUAUUCUUUAUAUGAACUAAAUUUCAUGGAUAGAUAUAGCAAGAUAAAGUCCUUAACCAGAAAAAGCUAUGUUAUUAAUCGAAGAAAGUAUAGAAUGGAGAGGAAGAUUUAAAACGGAAUAAAAUGUGAUUAAAAGAGAUACAAUCUAAUGAGAAUUAGUGGUGGACCAUUAAUUUUCCCUAAAAUUUUUGAAACAUAAUAGUAUUAGGGUGAUCUGAUCGUGAAAUUACUAAAAGGAUUGUAUCGAGAUUACAAUUUAAUUGAUCAAAUGGAUGUUAAGUUAAAUUAAAAAACCUUUGGUUCACAAGAGUGUUUGGAAAGACUUCUAGAUCUAGCCAUUGGCGAUUAUGAUAUUUAAGGACAUGAACUCAUUGAUUAUAAAAUAGAUGAUCAAGGAAAUUAAUUUUAAAUGGGCAAUUUAGGUGAUGGUCUUUAAGAAGUAUUACACAAAAGCAUUGAUUCUAAUAUUGAUUCAGUAUAAUGGGUAUUUGACGGUGAUUACUGA